AUGCCACCGCUAGUUGGCUCCGAGGAGAAGAUCGCGGGAAACUUCACCUUCCACGAGCUGGCCUUGAUCAUUGCCGGCGGCUCCACCGUUUUCGCCUACAUUAUGAGUUUCUACUUGAUAUGGCGGCACGCACUCAACUACACGAAGCCUCAUGAGCAGAGACACAUAAUUCGCAUACUCUUCAUGGUCCCGAUAUAUGCGACUUCUGCCUUCCUGUGCAUAUGGUACUACUGGCACGCCAUCUACUUUCAGGUCAUUAGCGAGUGCUACGAAGCCUUCGCCAUUGCCUCCUUCUUCGCUCUCAUGUGUCACUACAUAGCGCCCGACUUGCACGAGCAGAAGGAAUAUUUUCGACUUAUGCGUCCCGUCAAGCCAUGGGUCUGGCCAGUGACCUGGUUUGCGAAGUGCUGUGGUGGAGACCGAGGUCCCUGGAGGACGCCGAAGAGCGGUCUCACCUGGUUCAACAUCGUCUGGGUCGGAAUCUACCAUUACUGUUUCAUUCGGGUCGCCAUGACUAUAACGGCAGUUGUGACGCAGUACUUCGAACGAUAUUGCGAGAGCUCUAACAGCCCAAUCUUUGCUCAUAUCUGGGUUAUCGCAAUCGAGUCUCUAGCAGUGACAGUCGCCAUGUACUGCGUCAUCCAGUUCUAUGUGCAGUUACGGGAGCCCCUGGGAGAUCAUAAGCCUUUCCUCAAGGUCUUGGCUAUUAAGCUCGUCAUAUUCCUCUCCUUCUGGCAGUCCAUCGCUAUAUCUGUCGGCACGUCCACCCUCCACAUCGUGAGCCCGAACUCUAUCCUGGCGUAUCCCGAUUUGAAAGUGGGCAUUCCCAACUUGCUCCUCUGCGUGGAGAUGGCUCUUUUCUCCAUCUUGCAUCUAUGGGCCUUCCCCUAUGGUCCUUAUGUCGAGGGUUCCAAGGUCACAUUCUACCCCAGUCCGGACCCCUUGAUGGGAAUCCCGGCUCGCGAGAAUGAACACGGCCCCAAGAUGGGUGGCUUCGCGGGUCUCAAAGCCUUUGGCCAUGCACUCAACGUGUGGGAUAUUGUCAAGGCAUUUGGCCGCGGUAUGCGCUGGUUGUUCGUGGGCGUUAAGCACCGCCGCAAUGAUUCAAGCUACCAGGUCAAGAGCCAGGAUUCUGAUACCAGCUAUCCGUUGAAGUCAUACGGUCCUAAUUCAACGGGUGCGAAGAGUACAGACCAUCUACCUAUUGCGACCGAAUUCCGCCGGAGCACGUUUGGAAUCUCCAGCAAACCAAUGGGCCGUAUACCUGAAGAAAGCGCUGGUCUAAUCGCCAAUGCGCAACCGGACCCAGGAAGCAGACCCCAAAGACAACCAGGCCCGUAUCAGGAUACGAGACGGCAACAAUACUAUCACGGCAUAGGGGCGCCUCAAGGCUACACUACCUACGAUGACGCUAGAGGCGAUUUGGGAGCGGCGGCGCCACAAUAUCACGCGUACGGUGCCAAUGAUGCAUAUGACACCCACGGAGGAAGCACGGCGGAGCCACAAUAUCACGCGUACGGUACCAGUGAUGCGCAUGACAGCCACGGAGGAAGCACGGCGGGAUGGUACAACCAGCAGGUCAGCGCGCCGACGGAUCCGAGAAACUCGACGCAAGUCAAGAUCGGCAACGCAUUGUGGGGUGAUCGGGAUCCGCAGGGCGGCCCGCGAUGA